AUGGCGGAGCGGUUGCUCUCCUGUUGUGAAGUCUUCGAAAAUUUAAACUUAACUGAGGUAAGUUUUAUUUUUUCCAUACAUAUUUGGUGACUAGAAUGCAAGACAUCCUUGCAGCACAGAGUUAUGAAGACCGUACGAACUCAAAAACGAUCAAGUGGAGAAGUGCUUUCACAUUAUAAAGUUGAAAUUCGGCGUUGCAAGUUAUGUGUUGUCAGAUGCAGUGUUUCUGUGAGGCCCGAAAAAGACUGUGAACUUUUCAGUGGUUCUUUCUUUCGUUUAUUCUUUGGUCUCAGUUCACUGGCAAAAGCAGUUGUCUUAAACAAAAUGGUCUAGCUGCCACACAUUUCUGAUUAAUAUUAGAUGUACUGUGUGAUUGUUAGCUUCAACAUAUCAUCAGCGAAUGACAAAGCUCUGCAAUAUUAUUACAUUUGUAAAAUGUUAACUGGCUACUAUAUAUGUACGUAAUGAGGCUGAAAAAUGUGAUGAUGAUGAUUUUAGGUAUAUAUCCCAAAUUUCAUUCAGAACAAAUUUACUAACUUUUUUUCUGUUGCUGGUCAAGAUGGACUUAGAUAUUGGAGGGAUAGUCAAGGAUAUACCAAUCACUUGGAGAAACUCUGAUCUCUGGUUAGCUGCUGCUUGUAUCAUGUUCAAUCCUUUGUUUUGGAAUGCUGUAAGCAUCAAACUACGUUUUUAGUUUCUACUUUGUAAUAUUUUUACAGUAGAACCCUACCUGUAAAUCUUAGUUAAUUAGGAUCCUAGAAGAGGGGGUGGGUUGCACUGCUAUAUAUGGGCUAUAUUAAAGCAUGUGCCAGCUUGAAAGGUAGGGUAUUAAAGCAGUAAACCCUUAAAAUCCAAGUUCUCCUUUCUUGCCCCAUAUAUUUCUUCUAAAAGUAGUGGGGAGAAGUUGUAAAAAUAUCAUGAGAAUUAAUCCCGAGUGAUAAUAUCCUUAACUUGCCAUGAUAAGAAAAAUUUCUUUGAUUUUUGACCAGUGCUAUAAAUAAUAUCCAUUACAACCAUGAAGGUGCAUUUUUCCUUUUUGUUGAAGUUGAUAUGUUAUGCUGAUCAGUGAGUAACUUAAGUGCUUUUUAAUGAACAGGUUGCUCGCUGGGAAUAUAGAACCCAUUCCCUGACACAUUGCUGUGGCUCUGCCAAAAGAGGAUGUUAUUUGCUAGCUGCUGUUAUUGUCCUACUUGGGCUGUUCAGAGACUACAGGUAAAACAGAUUACAAGUAUAACUCAUGGAUAUUAUUUCCAACAUUGUUUAGUUUCAAAUGCCCUUGCAUUGGUAUAUAGCUGAAAGGGGAAGGCCUGACACUUAACUUGAAGAAAAGCAAUCCUUUCAAAAUUUGACGUUUCAACAACAAUAUGUCACUAUUAUCAAUGCCAAAAAAAAAGUUAUGCUUGCUUAUAAGCUUUAAUUAUUUAAUUAUUUUCCUGAUGGGUUGUCCUGGGGUAAGCUAGAGUUCACUGAUAAAGUUAUGCUGGAUAGGGGACAGAGGUAUGAAUACAUAUUGAAGUUACCUCACCCGGAGUAGUCUUACACAGUCUUUGAUGAAGUAGCUAUUAUAAUCCUUAAAAACGUAUAAAUUGGAAACUUGUGUGUUUUUCUUAUUCGUCUUCUCAGCCAGUAAUUUUUUCUUGAAUUUGUUUUUCUAAUUCUGUUGGACAGGUUUGAGAAGGCAAUUUCAAGCCAGCCCAUAGCAGAUGUUCUGUGCACUGAUCAUGUUCAAAUUUGUGGCUCUUUACUGAUUCUAACCGGCACAGUUCUUGUUCUUAGUAGUUUCUUGUCCCUUGGCAUUCUGGGAACAUUUCUAGGUGUGAUAAAUAUUGUUUCUCUUUCAAUUUAUUUCAUUACUUUUCCUGUACCUAUCCAAAGAAGUUUAUUGUAAAAAGCAUCGAACUACACUAAGUGUGGUUCCAGUUUCACUGAUGUAAAGCUUCCGAGUUAUGUACCAAAUGUAACCAACUCAACUUUGCUUGCUUUCUGUACAAUUGUCCCUCGAUAAUGAAAGCAGUUAGUCUGCCAUCAGUCAUCAACAUGUCCUAGUGCUCACCUUACCACUGGUCAAUAGCUUCAACUCAAAUUGCUGUUAGAGUAAUAAAUAAUAAAGACUUUAAUUUAUUAAUGUGUCAAAAGCCUUAAAGCUUGCAUGGAGUGUAAACUAAUUGUAGACUCCUUCAUUUUCUAGCUUCAUUUCCUGUCUUAUAAACAAAUUUACCACUAUUUUUGACUAAGCAGCAGUAUAUGGCUCAGCUGCUAGCUGCCAUGUAGCCACUGGCUUUUGAGUGGCUAAGUUUUCUGCAAUUAAGCCAGGGUUGGCCAAAGGUAAAAGCUUUAAAAUAUUGAUGCAUAGAGGACUGUCCCAAAGACAGCUGUUCCAUUGAAAAAUAUUUCAGUUAUUGUCAAACUUACCAGAUCAAUUUUAAUGUAAAUGGAUAAAUUCAUAUUUACUGAGGAUGGAUGGGACUUAAUUGAUUUAUGCCAUUGAAUCCAGUUGAUAGAAUUUUACAUUAACAAAUAUUAAUGUCAGUCAUGAGUAAUGCAAUGAAACAGUUAUUUGCUCAAUCAGUUACCAAUAUAUUGGCUUAGUUCCGUCUUAUAAACCUAUGUAGCUUGGUAAGUUUUUUCUUUCCUUUUUGCAGGUGAUUAUUUUGGAAUCCUUUUAUACCAAAAAGUGACAGGUUUUCCCUUCAGCGUCAUGGACAAUCCCAUGUACUGGGGAUCAACUAUGAACUUUCUAGGAUAUUCAUUAAGGUAAAAAAAUUGCUUUAAUGAGCUUUAAUAUUAACUAUAUUUGCAUGCACCACAUGCCUCAAAUAGCUUUGGUAGCCAAAGAGAGUCCUUGUUGUCAAAAUUUGUAAUAAUUACAUGUAUGUACCACUAAAGUUUUGUUGCUGUUGUUGUAAUAUCAGCAUAAAUAGCUCGGACAAUGUUCACUUUUUAAUAUUAAUUUUGCAUUGUUAUUCUAAAUUCUACCAAAUGAACAGCUAAAAUUGUGAAAUAAACUGUUGGAGUUCAGAUCAUAACAUAUUCAUUGGGUGGCCUGGUAAAGCAGUUGGCCUUGUGUCCCUCAUUCUUUGUUACUAAAAUUUUUAGACUUUCUAGUCUUCUCGGAUAAGGACGAAAACCAGAUGUCCCAUCUUAGAGCACUUUCUCAUCCGAUUCUUGUGGGACGUAAAAGAACCCACAUACACCACUGUUUGAAAGGAGUGGGGGGUGUAGACCCCGGUGGUGUGGUCAACCUUUCCUGAGCUGGGUGGGUUAUCUGUAAGGAAAGAUCUUUAUAUCAGAGAGGGAUAACCUCAUGAUCCUCCUUCUUUGGCUAACUGUAAACAGUGUAUGUUUAUUCAUCCAAAUUAUGGUUGUUUCAGGCAGUGCAGUCCUACUGGAUUAGCUUUAACAGCACUGGUGGCAGUAUGUUAUAAGAUAGCCCUUCUCUUUGAAGAGUAAGUUUGUAACAGUCUCAUUAAAAUUUUUAUUAACCAGGGCUGUAUACUUAUUCGUGUGCCAAACCUAACUGAAUGCCUAAUUAGGCCAUUUUUAUGAUGAGGUGAUUUUACCACCUUAGAAAAUUCUUAAUUAUUUUACUUUUUUGCGUAAAUAAUAAAUAUUGUUGUUCAAACCCCACUGGGAAAUUUUAUUAAAUUUUGAAAACCCUGCACUCUGAGGCCCUUUGAAUUUCAAAACCCUUUGUUUCAUAUAUAUUGAGAAGAAAGCUGCCGCUGCAUUUUACUAUUGUAUUUGCAAUUCUUGGUUGUUGUCAUAGUUUUAACCCAUCUUACUUUGUACUAUGUGUCGAAGCCGACUUGUGUAGCCACCUUCCUGUUAUGACCGCACGUAGUGAAUGGCCUUAUUUAUUUUGUGAUAAGAAAACCCUGUUAAUGAGGCCUUCAAAGGGGUAGAAGCAAUAGGUAACAUUGCCCCGAAAACCGGCAAAAUCCUCUCAGAAAGCACCAACAAUCGACAGAAAAAGAGGAAAGAAUUGUGACAGCAACAACAAAGUCUCUUCCAUUAUUUCCAAACAUUUCCCGUUAUUUUUUUUGGAUCGUUUCCUAAUUAUGGUAUUGCUCAAGAACGGUCCCUCGAGAGACAGAUUCUUAAUUCUGUUCAGGUUCUAUAUCUGCUGUAAAUUCCAAAUUGAGUAUCUCAAAAAUUCUUUCUGAACAGACAGCAACAUUUUCUUCCUAGCGGAAAUGCAACAGCAACAUUUUUUUCCUAACCUACCAGGCAAAGGGCAGCCUCAGAAAUGACCGACAAUAUGACAGUAUACCCCAUACCCCCCCCCCCACCCCGGAAGGAAUCGUUAAUGCAGCCACCUUGUAAAUUUGGCCAAUGUACAACCAUUCUACAAAGUCCUCUUUCGUUCAAGUUCAAGUUUAUUUCAGAUUAUUUUGAUGCAAUCAUCCAGGCAUGAAAGUUAUUAGGUGUACAUUCAGUCUUAUUUCUUUAAUAGUUUUUACUGUUUGUCAAAUUUCAUACUUUCUGACUUAUUUUUUUUGUACUUCUAGGCCUUUUACUAAAAGAAUUUAUGAAGAAAAGAAGAUGAGAGAGAAAAAAGUGGAUUGA